AGAUACUUGUUUGUUAUUUCGCAGACAUCGAUGCAAAAUAAAAAAAAUUACAAAAUAAAAAAAAAUUUAUAAUCUUCAAAAUUGAAAUCAUCAUUCUCCAUACAACUACCGUUCAUUCAUAUAGCUAACACAUCACAUAUACCACCAUGGCCAAGGGUAAGAACAAAUUUUCAGAAGAUAGAAAUGGUGGAAGCAAAUCCCGUACUUCAAACGGUCAUAAAUCAAAACAACAUCAUAUACGAAAGGGAAGACAAGAAGUCGGUGCUUCCUCAUCACCAUCAUUACCAAGUACAGGCACCGAUUCAAAUACAGAAACUAGUAAGUUCCCUGCUAAAUUAGCCAUGUGGGAUUUCGAUCAUUGUGAUCCUAAACGAUGCAGUGGGAAGAAACUUGAAAGAUUAGGAUUGAUCAAGAAUCUUCGAGUGGGUCAGAAAUUUCAAGGUGUAGUCGUAUCCCCCAAUGGGAAAGGAGUGGUUUGUCCUGACGAUUUACAAAUCGUGGAAGAGAAUGGAGCAGCUGUUGUGGAAUGUUCAUGGGCUAGAUUAGAUGAAGUUCCUUUCAAUAAAAUCGGAGGUAAACAUGAACGUUUGUUACCUUAUUUAGUAGCUGCUAAUCCGGUGAAUUAUGGUAGACCAUGGAGAUUGAAUUGUGUUGAAGCUUUAGCUGCUUGUUUUGCUAUUGUGGGUCAUUUAGAUUGGGCUGAAUUGUUAUUACAGAACUUUUCGUGGGGUUUGACCUUUUUAAAGAUUAAUAAGGAAUUGAUUGAACUUUAUCAAACUUGUACUGAUAGUGAAUCCAUUACAAAGGCUCAAGAUGAAUGGUUGGAGAAGAUUGAAUUGGAAGCUAAAGAAAGAAAAGAAAAGGCUCAUACCGGUGAUGUGUGGAUGAUGGGUAAUGUUAAUAGAAAGGGUGAAGAAGAAGAUGAUGAUGAUGAAGAAGAAAAUGAUUAUGAGUAUAGUGAAGAAGAAGAGGAUGAUGAAGAGGUUGAAUAUGAUAACUUAGGUAAUAUAAUAUCGAAGUCUAAGUUAAGUGAGGAUGAUGAUGAUGACGAAGAGGAUGAUGAUGAAAGUUUCUACGGCAAUUUAUCUAAGAAAUUGACCACAUCAGGACCACAAUACGAUUCAUUAGGAAACGUUAUAGAAGAUGAAAAUGAAGAUGAAUAUGAAGAUAGUGAAGAAGAAGUUCAAUAUGAUAAACUUGGUAAUAUAAUACCCAGACCUGUCCUCCAUGAUAAAUUUGAUAAACUUUCUCUUUCUACAUAAUUUGCAUUAAUUUUUAUAUAGACAAUUUAAGAUUUCGCAUAAUUCUCAUACAAAAAUAAAUUUUUAUAUUUGCAACAAUUUA